AUGGCAGGCCGAAGGAGCGAUCUUAAUGUCUUUGGAGAAGACUUCGAUGCUAUCAUGGAUAUCCUGGAAGAAGACGAAGACUUAGAUGGACAGUUUGAAAGCUUAGUAAGCGAUCUGAGUAUGGAAUUACAAAAAUAUCUGCUUUUUCAGCUGCAUCAUAGUAAAAUCUUAUCCUAUAAGUUGCUCGUGAGGACGCUCGUGAGUUUGUGUCUUGUUUAUCCGUAUUAAUAAUUCUAUUGACAUGGAUUCUUUCGAAAUAAAUGUUCUAGCAAUGGAAGAGACUAAAAGAACUCAUGCUAGCCUAUGUCUAUGAACAGCUGUUGCGAAGCUUAGUUAUUACAGCGUUGUUUGUAAUGAAUGUCUUAAUAUCCAAACGAACUCGUGAUAUUUCACAUCAGGCAAUGCUGUUUUAUCUAAACAUUUUACAGUAGCCUAUCCUUAUUUAUUGUUUUCCCGUGCCAUUGUAGGUUCAAUUGACGGAAAUUAUAUGUAGUGACUGUGGUAAAAAAUACAAGUCCAGUGGAGGAUACCGAAGACACAGAAAUGCCAAACACAGUGAUCAGCCCCAACCAGUGUCUCUGACACUGAGCAUUCUUGCUGAAAUUGUGAAUGAUGCCUUGCAAAAAGUUAAAGAAAACAAAGUAUUCAGUGUUGACUUGCGGAAGGAAUUUAAGCACUAUGAAUAUAAACAGCCCAAUGAAACUGAGGGAUUUUGUGUGUUUAAAACACUGUAUGAUGGAUACUUGAAAAAUGGAGACACUGAAAAGUUUUUUGGAAAAUAUUAUUCUCAGGUUCCAUUGAAAUCUACAACCUUUUUCAGAGGGUUAUCCAGAAAUGCAGCUACAUUGCUAGCAAUUAAAGUGGCCGACAACAUGGUAGCACAUGGCAAGCAUGCAAAGUCAUCUCCUGACAACAGCGUCCUUCCAUCUAAAACAGUCUUAUCAGACAAAGAGACAGCCGGGUUGCAGUAUUUGGGAGGAUACGUAUUGCACAAUCUUCACAAAAAGUGUGCAAAAAUGUCUUCAAGUGAAAGUCAGCAGGCAAUGGCUAUACUCAAGGCUGGAAAAUUGGAGGAGGGCUGUGAUUCCCAAAAGCUGGUUUCCACACUGAGCCGCGGUGGUCUCUGGUCCAUAACAGAGCCUGCGCAAAAGAUCUUUACCAGGUCUGAACAUUAUUUCAGACAGUCAACUUUAAAAUCUGCUAGUAGUAUGCAAAUUGUGGACAUAACUGGGAUAGCUCAGAAGUCAUUAACAGAUAAUGAUGUGGUUGCAAACUACCAAACCAUGGUCUCAAAUGCUGAACAAGUUCCCACUAAAAAUGUCAGUAAAGAUGUUCUGUACAGUAUUGUAAAUUUGUACAUCAGGGUUCGCUCAUUCUCUUUAGCCAAGGAUAUUAUACAAGACUUCAAAAUUAAAGCAAAGCAAGCUAAAAGCAAGGCUCUUCGGAAAGAAAUCCAAAGAAGUUGUGACCAGCAAACUCAAGAGAGGCAAAACUAG